AUGUUCCAGGAGGAAUGGGUCUUUAGGGGAAGACUGGAACAAAGGCCUCUUGCCUCUCGGUUCCAAAAGGUGUCAAAAGGCUUUAAAGUGUAUAACCAUAGAUACACUGACACCAACUCAUACAGAUCCUGGCUUUUCAAGCUCCUCAACUAUGAAAUUAGGGAAAAGACUAAACAACUUGCUAACACAGUGCUUAGAAAAGGCGCUGUGAUCUUAGAGAAAAAAUAUUAUGUCAAUAAAGUAAAUGUACUACUGUCAGACCAUACGAAAUUUAGAAAGUUAGAUAAUGAGCCAUCUUCUAGGAUUAUUCAAUUAGAGGAUAAAUUGAAAAGAAUGCUGAAACAUUUGAAAGAUAAUGACUCCAUUUCCUUGAAAACAUAUAAUCAACUCAGAGCAUCUGGUUCUUUGCCUGGAAUAUUAUAUGGACUACCAAAUGUUCAUAAACCCGAUGAACCGGUAUACUCUCAAACUGAUGACGUAGCAAUGGGAAGCCCGCUAGGCCCAACUCUUGUGUAUGCUUUAUCAUUUUAUCAUGAGAGUGAAUGGAUAUCAGACUACCCAUAUCAUUUUAAACCAUUGUUGUAUAAAAGAUAUGUUGAUGACAUUUUCCUGUUGUUCAAUGAUGUUUCACAUGUAAACAUGUUUUUAAAUUAUGUUAACUCUAAACAUGACAACAUAUCUUUUUCUUCUGAAGUCGAAGUCAACAGCUCCCUGUCCUUUCUGGAUAUUAGACUUGACCAUGAUCAUAAUACCUUUAAAAACUCUGUGUACAAAAAAACUACUGUCACUGGUGUUGGCUUAAAUUACUUGAUGAUGUUUAAAGUUAAUGCAGUCAGAACAUUGUUGCACAAUUGUUUUCAAAUUGUUCAGACUGGCAUUCUAUAA